CAUCAGUACGGCCAUAACGUUCUACAGUAAAGUAUUCAGCAGCAGAGAUUAACUCCUGCCCUCUCUCACCUGUUAAAUAAAUCACUUUAUAGGUUUCCAGAGUGAAAAGCUCGAUGAGCAGACAGAUACUGUUGGUCAAGCAUGGACCCUGGCUCCGUCUUAUUUGUUCUGGUAUUCGUUUGUUCCAGGGCCCAGCAUAUAGACGCUUCAUCAGCUCUCCUCUACCCGUAUGGGCCGACAACUAAUGACCAAUUCCUGCCAUUUAUUGAUGAUUUCAUAGCAACGUUGCAUUUAACCGUCAAUAUUCCUGUUUUUGGACGUGUUUUCUCUACGUUAUAUAUAAACAGCAAUGGUCUCCUGCAGUUAAAUUAUGAUGCGUCGCUUCAAAAGCCGAGGGAUCUCCCUCUGACCAACGGUGAGGCCUUCAUAGCACCAUUUUGGGCUGACAUGGACCUUUUCAAAGCAGGUGUAAUGUACUACCGGCAAGAUACGAAUGUAGAACUUCUGGAACGGGCAACGUCGGACAUCACAUCAUACUUCUCCAACACAACCUUCUCGGCUCAGUGGGUGCUCGUGGCGACAUGGGAUAAGGUUGCAUCCUAUUAUUACGACGCUAGCCAGUGGAACACAUUUCAGGUCGUCCUGACCACAGACGGGAAUUUCACUUUUGUUCUCUUUAACUACAUUGACAUAAAUUGGCCCCAAAACGCAACGUCUAAAGAGCAGUCGGCCCUGGCCGGUUUAAACAGUGGCAGCAGCAGAGGUUUCUACGAAUUACCCCAGUCACUGACCUCAGACAUCCUGAAUUUGCCCCAGACAAGUAAUGUUAACGUUCCGGGACGAUGGGCCUUCAAGGUCGACAAACUGAUUCCUGAAGACGUCAGCGGGGUUAUUGGUAGGUGAAGCGAUUAUUUAUUGCAACACAUGAAACAUGAAACACAUUUACCCAAAAAAUAGUUUUACUUAAUACCUGCGCAGGAAUAUUAACCCUUACUUAUCUUGCUUCAAUGACUGU